GGGGAGGAGGGUGGGAGCCGUUAGGCAGUUAUUUAAGAGACGACUUUCUGGUCACUUUGCCUGAGUCCUUUUGAGGAAGUACUCAGAGGCACACAACCAGCCUACCAGGGCACCCUCUCAGGAGCUCAAGCAGGAUCCAGUAAAGCUGAGAAUGUCAGAUACUCCAACGACCACCUUUGGGGGCAGGAGAGCAGUGCCCCCCAACAAUUCCAAUGCAGCGGAAGUUGACCUCCCAACUGAGGAGCUGCAGGGCGUGGUGCCCAGGGGUGUCAAUCUGCAAGAUUACCUGACUGUCACAGCGGUUCACCUGUUCAAAGAGAGAUGGGACAGCAACAAGAUUGAUCACCACACAGACAAAUACGACAGUAACAAGCUGAUAGUCCGUAGAGGGCAGACUUUCUACAUCCAGAUUGACUUCAAUCGCCCAUAUGUCCCCAGGCAGGAUUACUUCAGAGUGGAAUAUGUCAUUGGUCGCUACCCUCAGGAGAACAAGGGCACUUACAUCCCAGUGCCUGUAGUGUCGGAGCUGCAAAGCGGAAAGUGGGGGGCCAAGGUUAUCAUGAACGAGGACCGGUCUGUGCGACUUUCCAUCCAGUCUUCCCCCGAAUGCAUUGUGGGAAAAUUCCGCAUGUAUGUUGCCGUCUGGACUCCCUAUGGCAUCCUGCGUACCCGUAGAAACCCCGAAACAGACACAUACAUUCUCUUCAAUCCUUGGUGUGAAGAAGACGCUGUGUAUCUGGACGAUGAGAGAGAGCGAGAAGAGUACGUCCUGAAUGACAUUGGAGUGAUAUUUUAUGGGGACUUCAGUGACAUCAAGAGCAGAAGCUGGAGCUACGGCCAGUUUGAAGACGGCAUCCUGGAUGCUUGCUUAUACGUGAUGGACAAGGCUCAGAUGGACCUUUCUGGCAGAGGGAACCCCAUCAAAGUCAGCCGUGUGGGAUCUGCAAUGGUGAAUGCCAAGGAUGAUGAAGGUGUCCUAGUUGGAUCAUGGGACAAUGUGUAUGCCUAUGGCAUCCCUCCAUCGGCCUGGACAGGAAGUGUUGACAUUCUACUAGAAUAUAGGAGCUCUGAAACACCCGUCCGAUAUGGCCAGUGCUGGGUUUUUGCUGGUGUCUUUAACACAUUUUUAAGAUGCCUUGGGAUCCCAGCACGUGUUGUUACCAAUUAUUUCUCAGCCCAUGACAAUGAUGCCAAUUUGCAAAUGGAUGUCUUCCUGGACGAAGAUGGGAACGUGAGCUCCAAACUCACCAAGGAUUCUGUGUGGAACUACCACUGUUGGAACGAAGCUUGGAUGACAAGGCCUGACCUUCCUGUUGGAUUCGGAGGCUGGCAAGCUGUGGACAGCACACCCCAGGAGAACAGUGAUGGCAUGUACCGCUGCGGCCCGGCCUCUGUUCAAGCUGUUAAGCAUGGCCACGUCUGCUUCCAGUUUGAUGCUCCAUUUGUUUUUGCAGAGGUCAACAGCGAUCUUGUUUACAUUACAGCUAAGAAAGAUGGCACUCAUGUGGUAGAAGGCGUAGAUACCACCCAUAUUGGGAAAUUAAUUGUGACCAAGCAAAUUGGAGGAGACGGCAUGCAGGAUAUCACUGAUACUUACAAAUUUCAAGAAGGUCAAGAAGAAGAGAGACUGGCCCUUGAAACCGCUCUGAUGUAUGGAGCCAAAAAGGCCCUCAACACUGAAGGAGUUGUCAAAUCAAGGUCUGAUGUGGACAUGAACUUUGAGGUGGGAAACGCUGUGCUGGGCAAGGACUUCAAGGUCACCAUCACUUUCCAGAACAAUAGCUCCAGCCUGUACACCAUCCUGGCCUAUCUUUCGGGCAACAUCACAUUCUACACCGGGGUCUCCAAGAAAGAAUUCAAGAAUGAAGCAUUUGAAAUGACACUGGAGCCCUUAUCCUUCAAGAAAAAGGAGGUGCUGAUCAGAGCAAGUGAGUACAUGAGCCACCUUCUGGAACAGGGCCUCCUGCAUUUCUUCGUCACAGCACGAAUCAACGAGACAGGCAACAUCCUGGCCAAGCAGAAGUCCACAGUGCUGACUAUUCCCAAGGUCGUCAUCAAGGUCCGAGGCACAGCUAUGGUUGGCUCUGAUAUGGUUGUGACUGUUGAGUUCACUAAUCCUUUAAAAGAAACACUGCAAAAUGUCUGGAUUCACUUGGAUGGUCCUGGAGUGACGCUACCCAAGAGAAAGAUGUUCCGUGAACUCCGACCCAAUGCGACUGUGCAGUGGGAAGAAGUCUGCCGGCCUUGGGUCUCGGGCCCUCGGAAGCUGAUUGCCAGCAUGACCAGUGAUUCCCUGAGACAUGUGUAUGGAGAGCUGGAUCUGCAGAUUCAAAAACGCCCUAUGUAAAGGCCCAGGAGGUCCAGAUGGGCCUGGGCUCCUGGCCUAUUGCAGCCUUGGUUAUGGAAAUCCUAAUGCAAAAAAAAAAAAAAAAAAAAAAAAAAGCAACUAGCUCUUGCUUUACCUGGGAUGUGCAGACUGAGACAGAUCCCAGCUUGGGGAUGCUAUGUAUUUCAUAGGCAUGCUUUUCCAAACCCAGGUCAUUGGAUGAGGGAGUUCGUUUUGAAUUGCUCCACCCUCCAAAGGAUCCGAGCAUUAGCUUUAAUUAAGCUAUCAUUAAGCCUUCAUAGCUCAUAAGAGUAAAAGUCAUCAUUUAUCACUGCAAAUGACUACAGCCCCACAUAUCAGAGGGCUUCCCUUGAGUGGGCUGGGGGGGGGUGCCCAAUACCUGGCCUCAAUUAAGACUUCAGAGUCCCCACGCAGUCUUUUGGGGGGUAACAUACUCCCCCAAAGGAGUACCUGAUUGGAUUCCCCCUUUUUUUAGAAUCAGGUUGUACCCUCUGUGUUAAAAUAUUUUUUCCAUGAAUUAAGCACGGCAUCAUUUUUCUUCUUGGCAAAGCCAGAGAAAGGUCUUCCAUCUUGCACCUGCAGCCAAGGAACUGCCUGCCAAAUUUCACAGAUUACCUUGUGAGGAGAUGUGGCCCCACAUUAACAAAUUGCAUUUGUGGAGAACUUAAUCACCUACGAGGAGAUAAGGAAGCAGGUGCGGUACUCAGAUCUAUUAAAUAAUGUAGUUUAUGAUACAUUUUAUGGGUGUCACACUGUGGCCAGAUCAGCAAGAAUGAAUAACCCUUACUUUAACCCUUUCUGGGGUAGAGAGCUAGAAAGUAAGGACACGAAUUUGAGAUUCGAGAAAUGAAGAAUUAGUGUCCUUACUUAGUGAUUAUAUUUCACCCGUCUCUCUGAGAUCAUCUGCAUAGAUGAUCUCAAUGACAAUGACAUAGGCCUAGGGUUUUCUGUGGGGGGGUUGUUUUAAGAUAAAAAAAAAAAAAGCUUGAGACACUAGAAGAUUUGGUGGUUAGACUACAUGGAAGAUCAAACAGAUUCUCAUUCACGCAUACCUUCAUAUUUACUAUACCAAGCCUUUUCCUGAAUCCUUGGGUGCGCAGAGGUAGCAUAGACUCAGCCUUGCCAAUUAUCAAUUUUACUGCUGACCCAAGGGCAGAGGACACCACAGUCCCUUACCUUAUGUGUCAAGGUUCCAUGAGACUAGAUGACCGGUGUCUAUUUGUAAGGCAGACUUAAAGUUAGAAUUUGCCAUUGAAAUGCCUUGGGUGUGAUUUUGGUCGCCUGACAGUGAUUCUUAGCCAAAAAGAAAAAAGAAGAAUACACGGUAGGAAAUAAUUUAGGGAAGGAAGUAUAACAGAAUACUCUAGUCUGUAGCUAUGCUCUGAUUUACUUCGAAGCCUUUGAGAUGUUCCUGAGUACUAACUCCUGAGGGUCAUAUAUAAGCAUAACUCCAUGAAGUCAUCUCCAGUAUUAGCAUCUAAUUCCAAAUGAAUUGCAUUUUGCUAUGCUUUAAACCAGCUUAACUUGGUAUGUUGUUAUUAACAAGAGUGUAACAGAUGCCUAUAAUAAAGUUAAUCGGAUUACA